AUGUCUGCUUCGACUAAAGCCCCAUCCAUCCUGAACGCUGCGACUAAGGACAGCACAAAUUACUCCUACAUUUUUGAGAAGAAUGUUACAGUUCCUCUCAAAAACGGGGCUGCAAUACGGUGCAAUGUUUAUCGUCCAAAAAGCUCUGACCGCGGGGAAAAAUUUCCUGUGAUCGCCACUUAUGGCCCCUACGGGAAAGAUGUACAUUACAAGUAUUUUGCUGAGGUCAAUCCAGACCAGACGACCGACCAUUCAUCCUGGGAAACACCCUCACCUAAGUAUUGGACCGAGAAAGGAUACAUUGUCGUUCGCGGGGAUGAGAUUGGAAGUGGACAGUCUCCGGGAUAUCUGAAUCCACUUUCAGCCACCACGAUUGACGCAUUCUAUGAUUUCAUCGAAUGGGCCGCUGCGCAAGAGUGGUCUACCGGUAGAGUGGGCUUGCUCGGCAUCAGCUAUUUCGCCGCGACCCAGUGGCAAGUCGCAGCCCGAAGGCCUAAAGGCCUAGCUGCAAUCAUUCCUUGGGAGGGUUUCUCGGACGUCUAUCGAGAUGCUACCAGGCAUGGCGGGAUCCAAGGCAGCGCAGGUAUAGACUUGAUUUGGAAACAGCAGAUUGCUUCGAACCAGUACGGCCUGCCGGGCAGAGCAGCAAGGAAUUGGGGGGAUGAUACUAUCGAAGGAUCUCUGACGGUCCCGGAGCUGAGCGCCAAUUCCAUUCCAGGAAUGGUGGAGGUGGGUAGGAUAAACAAGUUUCGCGAUAAUCCCGGCUCUGCAGGAGUCAACUUCAACCUGGAGGACAUCCAGGUACCGUUGCUGAGCGUGGCCAACUGGGGCGGCAUUCUCCUUCACCUGAGAGGUAAUGUACAAGGGUACAUUCAUGCAGGCUCCGAGCUCAAGUACCUUCGUUUCAUUGUGGGGCGUCACGAUCUUCCGUUUUAUUAUCCCAAAGAGGUGGAGAUCCAAAGAAGCUUUCUGGAUGCUUUCCUCAAAGACCAUGAUACUACUGGAUGGUCUCGAAAAGGUGCGGUAGCACCAGUUGAUCUGAUUUUGCGAAAGGGCAAUGUCGGAUACAACGACCCCAAAGCAGAAGCUACUUUCUUACGACGACAAGAGAACGAAUGGCCAAUCGCAAGAACGCAAUAUACAGACCUCCAUCUCAACCCCGACCAGAGCCUUGGAUGGGCUAAACCACUCGGUGAUUUACCUCAGAAGGUGGAGUACAAGGCUUUCCCCCCCGGAUGGGUCUCCUACCUCGGUGUCAUUUGUGUCCGCGCCUUUUGA